UUUAAUGGGCUUGACUGUACUAAAGACCUUACACUAUGGUCUCAAACUGGGUCUAAUAGGCCCAUUAUAAAAAGCUAGGGUUCAGACAAACUCAUCUGCCUUAUAUACAAAUCUGUUUAUCUACUGCUUAGAUUUUUAGGGCUUCCAGUGUAAAAAAAAGUUUAAGCGCGGCGGCGGAGCCAUGGUUCUCAAGACUGAGCUUUGCCGAUUCAGUGGCCACAAGAUUUACCCAGGCAGGGGUAUCAGAUUCAUCAGAUCUGACUCUCAGGUGUUUUUGUUCAUCAACUCUAAAUGUAAACAUUAUUUUCACAAUAAGUUGAAGCCUUCCAAGCUUGCUUGGACCACAAUGUACCGUAAACAGCACAAGAAGGAUGCUGCUCAAGAGGCUGUGAAGAAGAGGAGACGUGCAACCAAGAAGCCUUACUCAAGGUCCAUCGUUGGUGCUACUUUGGAAGUCAUUCAGAAGAAGCGAGCAGAGAAGCCUGAAGUUCGUGAUGCAGCCAGGGAAGCUGCCCUACGUGACAUUAAGGAGAGAAUCAAGAAGACCAAGGACGAGAAGAAGGCAAAGAAGGCCGAGUUUGCUUCCAAGCAACAAAAAAUCAAGGCCAAUAUCCCCAAGACUGCCGCACCCAAGGCUGCUAAGUUGGGUGGUGGUGGUGGCAGACGUUGAAUAGAUUAGCCCUCAUUCAUCUCUGCACUUAUCUUUUUUUAAUUGUUUCGACUUUUGUUUUGUUACAAGUUUUUAUUAUAGUCUUGCACCCCUAUCUGAUAUAUUGUACUCAAAAGAGAUUUUUAUGCAGAUUAUGAAAUUUUUUGUUUGUUUA